AUGAAUCCCAAAUCAAUAUUCCUCCUUUUAACGACUAUAACCCUCUCAACCGCAAUCCCUUUCUCCCAGCAGCAGACCCAAACCCCAACUGCAACUUCAACCACACAAACCGUAGACCCAGUCUUGAGCUCCAUCAUCGCUGCCUCGGCCUCAGCAUCAGCGAACAACAACACCUGCCCACCCUCCCACCGUUCUAAACAAUGCUGUGAAAGCGUCAAUUCAAUCGCUGAUGAUAUCACCAAGCCGCUGGGUGGCCUCCUCCCAUUACUAGAAGGGACAACAAUCAGUAGUAUCCUAGGAUUUGAUUGCCUAGAAAUGUCCGAUACAGACCCGAACACAGACUGCAGACAUGAUGUCAUGUGUUGUAAUGGCCAGCCGGGGAAGAACGCAAAAGGAGGCGACCUCUUCAAGGAAUGCGAACCGUUCGACAAAGCGCUUGCGGAUAAACAGAAUGCUCUGAACAGGAACAAGCUGCGACCCAUUGAGAAAGCCAUGAGUUACGCCGCUAUGACUAGUUCUCUGGCAGCGUCUUCAGCGGCUGCUGCUUCGUCUGGGGGGUUGGUUUCUAGGGGUGUGUUUGCUGUGCCUACGGGUCAGUAG